UUGCCAGCCUGUCUAGGUCCACCUGUAUCUGUAGCCUGUCUGUUCUAAUACUGUUUGUUUAUCAUAUUAGGAAGGAAGACUGCAAGAAGUAAUUGAAAACCUACUGUCCUUGGAAAAACAGACGCGAACAGCGUCUGACAUGGUUUCCACGUCUCGUAUCUUAGUUGCUAUAGUGAAAAUGUGUUAUGAAGCUAAAGACUGGGAUGCUCUUAAUGAAAAUAUUAUUCUUCUGUCCAAGAGAAGAAGUCAAUUAAAACAGGCAGUUGCUAAAAUGGUCCAACAGUGCUGUACUUAUGUUGAAGAGAUUACAGACCUACCAAUCAAACUGCGAUUAAUUGACACACUGCGUAUGGUUACAGAAGGAAAGAUAUAUGUGGAAAUUGAGCGUGCUCGUCUAACGAAGACUCUUGCGACGAUAAAAGAACAGAAUGGUGACGUGAAAGAGGCUGCUUCAAUUUUGCAAGAACUACAGGUGGAAACCUAUGGUUCAAUGGAAAAAAAGGAACGGGUGGAAUUUAUCCUGGAGCAGAUGAGACUCUGUUUGGCUGUAAAAGACUACAUUCGGACCCAAAUUAUCAGCAAAAAAAUUAACACCAAAUUUUUCCAAGAAGAAAACACAGAGAAAUUAAAGUUGAAAUACUACAACUUAAUGAUUCAGCUGGAUCAGCACGAAGGUUCCUACCUCUCCAUUUGUAAGCACUACAGAGCCAUUUAUGAUACACCUUGUAUCCAGGCUGAAAGUGAGAAGUGGCAGCAGGCACUGAAGAGUGUUGUUCUGUAUGUUAUUCUUUCACCUUAUGACAAUGAACAGUCUGAUUUGGUGCACAGAAUAAGUAGUGACAAAAAACUAGAAGAAAUCCCUAAGUAUAAGGAUCUUUUGAAAUUAUUUACCACUAUGGAAUUGAUGCGCUGGACCUCCAUAGUUGACGAAUAUGGAAAGGAGUUGAGAGAAGGAUCUCUUGACAGUCCUGCUACCGAUGUGUUUGGUUAUACAGAGGAAGGUGAAAAGAGAUGGAAAGACUUAAAGAACAGAGUUGUGGAGCAUAAUAUUAGAAUAAUGGCAAAAUAUUAUACCAGAAUUACAAUGAAGAGAAUGGCACAGCUCCUGGACCUAUCUGUUGAUGAAUCGGAGGAGUUCCUGUCCAAUCUAGUCGUAAAUAAGACUAUCUUUGCUAAAGUAGACAGGCUGGCAGGAAUUAUCAAUUUCCAGAGGCCAAAGGACCCAAAUAACUUACUCAAUGACUGGUCUCAUAAGCUCAACUCAUUGAUGGCCCUAGUUAACAAAACCACACAUCUCAUUGCCAAAGAGGAGAUGAUACACAACCUUCAGUAAGGUGCCUCAGUAAUGUUAAUGCUUUUAAAGAAGGCAUUCAAACUUGAUAAGAGACUAUUAUUUCAGUGUGUAUAUGUUUUAUUUUCUCCCUCUUUCCCAUUCCUCCCCCUCACCCCUGCCUGCUUCUGCCCUGGGUCUAAGAUUUAGAACGUAAAUAACUCAUAAAACCUUGUUGACAAUUAAGUACCCUGAAUAUUCACUUAAUUGUUUAAACAUUUUUACUACAAUUGGUGAAAGAAUAUAAUAAAACUGUAUUGCCUGUGUAAUCAAAAAUAGUCUUGUGAUUUAUCCCAGUAUUUUUUGGAAAUGUUUAGAUACUUGCCAUCAUCCACAUAACAAAUAUUUCUGCACUUAUUUCUUUACAUGGCCAUUUGUUUUUGCAGUUUUGAGUGGCGAUUAUAUUGUUAAAAAAAGGCAGGUGUUUUACAAAUAAAAUGUACCAGCAUAACUUAAA